GCAUUCUUGCUGGACUAAAUAUAGACUGCAAACAAGAGAGCACACAUGGAGAUAAAAGGAUUUUUGGUUCUGUCGUUGCUACUUUCUUUAGCAACUAUUCUCGAGUGUGCAAAUAAACCGCCUGCCACUCAAACAACAAAAGGAAAGACCGUGACGGUGCUGAGUAUCGAUGGAGGUGGCAUUCGAGGCAUCAUCCCGGGCACCAUUCUUGCCUUUCUCGAGUCCAAGCUUCAGGAAUUGGAUGGACCCGACGCAAGAAUUGCACAAUACUUCGAUGUGAUAUCUGGUACAAGCACAGGUGGCCUGGUCACUGCAAUGCUCACAGCUCCAGGUGAAGAUAACCGGUCUCGUUUUGCUGCCAAAGACAUUAACAAAUUUUAUUCUGAGAAUGGACCCGAAAUCUUCCCACAGGACAAUGCCUCCACUCAAGGGCCGAAGUACGAUGGGGAGUACCUAAGAUCGAUCAUUAGGGAAUCAUUGGGCAGUAUAACCAUGAACCAGACCCUUACAGAAGUGAUCAUACCAACUUUUGACAUCAAACUGCUUCAACCAACAAUGUUUUCUACCAGUGAUGCAAAAGUAAAAACUUCUAAGAAUGCAUUACUAGCAGAUGCUUGCAUAGGUACAUCUGCAGCUCCUACUCUUUUACCAGCAUACUACUUUGAGACUGAAUUCGAGGAUGGGAAGACUCGCAGCUUCAAUCUGAUCGAUGGUGGAGUGGUUGCAGUCAAUCCGACUCAGGUCGCCGUAACUCAUAUUUUCAAUGAAAUAGUGAAAGGAAACUUUGAGUUUGUGGAUGUCAAGCCAAUGGACACUAGAAAAAUAUUAGUAAUAUCACUCGGCACUGGUACAGCCAAGUUUGAGGAGAAGUACAAUGCAAGCACGGCUUCCCAAUGGAGUCCCCGCGAUUGGAUUAAUCCCACUAUCGACUCUUACAGUGCUUCAAGCGCUGAUCUGCCUGACAUUGCAGUAACAUCGCUCUUUCAAUCCCUCGGGGCUGAGAAAAAUUAUUUGCGCAUUCAGGAGGAUAAUCUGGUAGGGAAUACUACUUCAGGUGAUUUGGCAACCACAGAAAAUAUGGAGGCACUUGCUGACAUAGGAAACAAGCUGCUGGAGAAGUCAGUAGCCAGGGUGAAUAUCGAUACAGGGGCAUAUGAGCCCGUGGAGGAGGAAGGUACCAAUUCCGAUGCUCUGAUCCGUUUUGCUAAGCUACUUUCAGAUGAAAGGAAGAUCCGCACAGCUAAUUAGUUAACCGGAUGAUUGUUGUUUCACUCAGACAAAAUGCAGCUGGACUCAAUUGCUCUGUUCUCUUGGCUUCAACAAAAUAAGCGAUACCUUUUUUUUGUCUUUCUAAAAAUUAUAUCCGAGUUAUUUAAUAAAUGAAAAGUGAUGCACCAUAACGUCACCUGAGGGAACAGAAAAUCUGGCUCAUAGCAUAAGUAGUGAACUUCUCCAUAUCAUAAUACAGUAUGUUUUUCUAUA